AAAUCAACUGCAGCUGCAACUAAAUUCGAUUAAACUAAUUUGCUGAAAUGUCCAUGCAUUUGAGAGCUGAACAUUGAUUUUAGGCCAGGCCAAAUCAACCGACAGGCGCUGUGCAGCAGGCGGCAACAGAAAACCAGGCGCACACGCAGGCGAAAAAUAAAUACAAAUAUAAAACAAUACGAUGAGCGACAGCAAUAAUCAGUUUUGUGACGUUGAUUUUUGAACAAAUAACCAAAAAAAAAAAAAAAAAAAAAAAACCAGCUGAGUGCGCCCAGUCUCUGAGAAGUUUUGAUUCUCGUGUUCUUUUUGGUUUAUCGUGUUUUCUUUUUGGUGCACCGGCGACUGCGGCUCCUGGUGGUUGGUUGGAGGAGGCCCAGACCUAGGCACAGCCUACCACGAACGAACACAACAUAGAGUAUCUUGCAAAGGCUGCAUACCUUUUGUUUUGUAUCAAAAUCUUAUCUUCCUCUCCAAACGCAAUCACAAUCGCAAUCGAAAACAAAACCGAAUCUAAAACGAAAUGGCGGCCUACUUGAAUCGCACCUUCUCGCUGGUCACUGGCCAAACGGCGCCCAACGGGAACUCCGACACCGACGACCAUCACUCCUCCUCGUCCACGGACACUGUUGACAAAUCCACUGCUGGUCUCUCGCGUCACAAUUCUCCACUACAAUCGUCUGGCUCAAAUACAUCGAUGAAUUUUGCUUUGAACCCGGUUGGAAUUGCGUCCGAUACGCGGCUGUAUCAACCGAAUGGUAAAUCUCCACUGCAGAUCUUUGUGCGGGCCAAAAAGAAGAUCAACGACAUCUACGGAGAGAUUGAGGAAUAUGUGCUAGAGACGACGACCUUUAUUAAUGCUUUGCAUGCCGAAGCCGAGAUCGUGGACAAGGCCGAACGGGAGCUGUUCGAGAGCUAUGUGUACAAGGUGGCAGCCAUCCGAGAGGUGCUGCAGCGCGAUCACAUGAAGGUGGCCUUCUUCGGUCGCACCUCGAACGGCAAGAGUUCGGUGAUCAACGCCAUGCUGCGCGAGAAGAUCCUACCCAGCGGCAUUGGCCAUACCACAAACUGUUUCUGUCAGGUGGAGGGCAACGAUGGUGGCGAGGCGUAUCUGAUGACUGAGGGUUCUGCAGAGAAGCUCAAUGUGGUGAACAUUAAACAACUGGCGAACGCCCUGUGCCAGGAGAAGCUCUGCGAGAGCAGUCUGGUGCGCAUAUUCUGGCCCCGCGAGCGCUGCAGUCUGCUGCGUGACGAUGUCGUGUUUGUAGACUCUCCCGGCGUGGACGUGUCGGCGAAUCUGGACGAUUGGAUUGACAAUCAUUGCCUCAAUGCGGAUGUCUUUGUGCUGGUCCUCAAUGCCGAGUCCACGAUGACGCGUGCCGAGAAGCAGUUCUUUCACACAGUUUCCCAGAAGCUCUCCAAACCGAACAUCUUUAUAUUGAACAAUCGCUGGGAUGCCUCGGCCAAUGAGCCCGAGUGUCAGGAGUCGGAUCUGGCCAAGGUUAAAUCGCAGCAUACAGAGCGCUGCAUCGAUUUUCUCACCAAAGAGCUGAAAGUGAGCAACGAGAGGGAGGCCGCCGAGCGGGUGUUCUUCGUUUCGGCCCGCGAAACCCUACAGGCGCGCAUCGAGGAGGCCAAGGGCAAUCCGCCGCAUAUGGGAGCCAUUGCGGAGGGCUUUCAGAUCCGCUACUUUGAGUUCCAGGACUUUGAGCGCAAGUUCGAGGAAUGCAUCUCGAAGAGUGCGGUCAAGACGAAGUUCCAGCAGCACAGCUCCCGCGGCAAGAGCGUGUCGGGCGAUAUGCGCUCGAUGCUGGACAACAUUUUCGAGCGGAUCACGAUCUUUCGCAACCUGAAGCAGGACCAGAAGACCAUGCUCACGGACCGCAUCCAGGGCACCGAGACUCAGAUGAUGCAGGUGACUCGCGACAUGAAGCUGAAGAUCCACACCAUGGUCGAGGAGGUGGAGGAGAAGGUAUCGAAGGCCCUCAAUGAGGAGAUCUGGCGCCUGGGCGUCCUCAUCGAUGAGUUCAAUAUGCCCUUCCAUCCCGAGCGGCUUGUCCUCAACAUCUACAAGAAGGAGCUCAAUGCCCAUGUGGAGAGCGGCCUUGGCAGCAACCUGCGCGCCCGCCUCUCCAUUGCCCUGGCCAUGAACGUGGAGUCCGCCCAAGCGGACAUGACCGAUCGCAUGCAUGCUCUGGUUCCCAACGAGCAACUGAUUGUUAGCAGCACCAAGAUGGCCCUACGCAAUCAGCCCUUCGAGAUGCUCUACUCGCUGAAUUGCCAGAAUCUGUGCGCUGAUUUCCAGGAGGAUCUCGAGUUCAAGUUCAGUUGGGGCAUUACGGCCAUGAUCCAGCGGUUCACGGGCAAGGUGCGGGAGCGCAGCAAAAAGAAUCAGCCGGCCUUGGCCAACCGUCAGACCAGUAUAGGGCAGCAGCAUGGCGUUUUAACGCCCGUUAGUUCGCCGGUGGACGACAACACACCGAUUUGCCUGUUGCCAUCGCCUGGAUCAGUAGUGGGGGGCAUUACGCCCGAGCAAUUGUCGCUGAUCUCGCGAUUUGCCCUCUCAUCUGUCGGCGGUCAGGGCACAAUGGGUGGCCUUUUGGUGGCCGGUAUCAUGCUGAAAACAAUCGGAUGGCGCGUCCUGGUCGGUGUGGGUGCACUCUAUGGCUGCAUCUACUUGUACGAGCGCCUGUCGUGGACAAAUUCCGCCAAGGAGCGCACCUUCAAAAGCCAGUAUGUGCGGCAUGCCACCAAGAAGCUCAAGAUGAUUGUCGACCUAACAUCGGCCAAUUGCAGUCACCAGGUGCAGCAGGAAUUGUCCAGCACCUUUGCACGGCUCUGCCGCACUGUGGACACGGCCACCACCGACAUGAAUGAGGAGCUCAAGACGCUCGAGGUGCAGCUGAAUUUGCUCGAGUCGAACCAGAAGCAGCUCAAACUCCUUCGGAACAAGGCCAACUAUAUACAGAACGAGCUGGACAUUUUCGAGCACAAUUAUAUAUCAACGCAGUAGAGCAUAAACGAUCAAGGAUCACCAUUUGAUAUGAAAAGAGAGAGAGAGAGAGAGAGAGAGGAGAAGAAGCUUUACAUAAACCGUGAAAUGAGGGGGGCGGGUAGAAAAUAUAUGUAAAACACACACACACCCGACUACAACAACAACAAUUGGCCC